GAACAACUAAACACCUUAACACCAAUAUACAAAGGACUUGAUCACCCAGAAGAUAUCUAUAUUGAUAUUCAAGACAUAAGCACAACUAUUAUACUGAAUACGAAUGCAAUUAAACUCAACAACAAUAAUAAUAAUUCUUCAAACUAUCCAUAUUACUUAAGAAAUAACCUUAGACUUACCUGA